AUGUUCUCGAAUGAACAGCUUACGAGUCCCGACUUCGACGAGGUCGCGUACCUGCGCUACGCCCUCCGCGCCUCUAGCUUUCACAGCGAGCACGCACGCCUCGAGCACUGCAUUGCAGAUGUGAAGGAGGGCAUGCAGGCCAUUCUCGCGGAGCACGCAGACCAACUCAUUGACCAAGCGCGCUGCACCCACAAAGCACAGCGCGAGGUUUCCAGCGUUCGGCAGAGCACCGACUCGCUGCAGAAGGCAGCGGGGCGGUUGCGAUUGAUGAUUGAGGAGCCCUACACGCAACUCCAAAGCCGUGUGCGGGAGCUGGAGGCGACUCAAGAAGCAACACAACUGCUGCAGUCCACGUUGCGCUUUCUUUCUCUCACUGGGCGGCUACAGGAGCAGCUGGCAGCAACGCCAAACAUCGACAUCAUUCGGGCCUCCUACACCCUGAAGGAGUUGGAGGAAGUGCUUCAGGAAGAUUCUAUCCGGUCGUUGCAGGUGGUGGAUGCGCAGCUGCCGGCGGUGGAGCGCUACGCGACGACGAUCCGCAGCAAGGCACACGACCUGCUUGCCAUGUCAGAGCUCAUCUCUCCACCAGGUGCAAACACCAACAUCAACACCGGCGUCGUAGGUGGCGCAGGUGCGUCCGCCGCCGCCACCGCCUCCACGUCGCGGCUCGUCACAAAUGCCAACACCGGUCUGCAGUGCGCCUACGUGCUGCGGAUACUCUCGCGCACCGUGCAGGGCUUCAUGACGGAGCAUCGCCGCGAGGUGCUGCGGACUGUGAUGCGUGAGCUGGAUGCGCAGACCAUCGAGGAGCACAUCUCUGCCGAGUGCGAGCGCCUUUCUCGCAACCCGCAGGCGAACAACAACGGGGGCGUGUCGGAGCAGGCGGUGACCGCGCACGUCGUACUGGAGCACAUCCAAAAGACGCUCUUUAUCGCGGUGCAACACACGCAGUGCGUCGUCUUGCUCUGGCGAUUGAUUCUGCAGAAGCGCGAUGCCCAGACGCAGGCGUCGUACCUGACCUCCAUCGAGUCACCCGUGCAGCUCCUCGUGGAGUACUGGACCACCAUUACGGAGAAGGUGUGGGAGCGGUUGAGCAGCCUGCAGAAGCGCCAUGCCAUUCGUCUCGCUCUCGCCAGCGCCUACCCACGCUUUCACCACCUCGUCGCCAGCUUCCUCAGCCGCAUCGAUGGGGCUGGCGGGGCGGGGGCAUCGAUGGGCGGCGCAGGAGGCGUGAGUAGCGGCAUCAGUGGUAACAGCGGUGGCGGCAGUGGUAAUGGAUUGAGUGUGGUGUCCGCCGCAGCGUUGGUAUCGUCGAUUCACGUGACGCAGUGUGGUAUGGGGGACUUCUUGGACUUGAUCGACCUCGUGGAUGCCGCCGCCGUGGUGCACCGUGGUGGCGGGAACAGCGCCGACGGCAUGGGCGACUUCUCCCCCCUUGCGACACGCGCCAAGGCGCAGCCGCCAGCGGCCAGGUCCCCUGCACCUCGCACGGACGCACAGAAUCUGCGGCACGCGUGGCUGGCGCAGGUCACGGAUGACGUGCGGGAUGCUUUCCGCACCUACGUGAUGGACCGACACCGCGAGCUGAUCAGCGGCGUCUUCACACGCUUGUCGAACGUGCUGCCUGCCUCGCCGGCGAUGGGUGGGCAGCCUGCGGCCGUCGCGCCGGUGCGCAUGCAAGGCAUCCGGCGGCCCACCAUUCCACUGCAGGCCAACGCGCUCGACCUGGCGGCCUACACGCGAAUGAUUACACAGGAGGUACAGGUGUUUCGUCAAGACCCGCACACACUGGACGUGCUGUUGGACUGCAUUUUGGCCUCGCUGCGGCAGGUGCGAUCGAAGUUCAGCGACACCGUCAAGAAGUUUCCGUUGCCUCCCCUUCCCGCCAUCACGACCGCCCCAACACUGGUGCAGGUGUUGCACGUGUGCAUUGCGAACGGCUGCACGACGCUGGCGUACGACUGCACGGCGGUGUUGGCGUGUGUGCCGCAGGCGGCCGCGUGGACGGGCGGGGGCAGUGGCGGGACUGUCGCCAUGGAGAGCACCGGGCACGGCUACAGUAGCUACGCUGACCCCUACGCCGGUGUGCUGGAGCAGCUGGGCAACAAGCGGGUGGAGCUGCAGCGGCUCAUUCACGCCUUCCACGAAAUGAGCGAGCGUUCGACGAAGCCGUUCGCGGACUCUGCCCUGGCGGUGCUCCUGCCCACGCUGACCCAGGCGACGGACAACGUGUUGCGGAGCGAAUUCAACUUCUCAGCGGCGGCGGCGGCAACGGAGACGGGCCGCGCGGUUCCGAUGGUGGCGGGGGACAGCCGCACCGCCCUCGUGCAGCUCCAAACGCAGUGCCGGCAGUUCACCGACCGCUUCUUCUUCCUGAUCGACGCGCGAACUGCGGGGUGGAUGGAGGCGUGCCAGCGCAUGACGGACACGCUGCUGGCCCGUCUGCUGUCGCGCGUGGUCACCACGCCGCCACCACCGCAGUUGCAGGGAAACGUGGCCGCCACAGCCCCCGCCUACGCCCACGCUCUCCAGCUGAUAAUGCCGGCGCUUCUGCAGUACGUACAGGCAAUUCAGUCGGCCGGCGCGGUCGGGCGGACCACCUCGUUGCUGCGGGGCUGUGUGCGGCAGGUGGAGGGCUUCUACGAAGUCUGCGGCGGUCUCAAUAGGGAGGCAUCCUCCUCCGCGCUGCGGGCCACACUGGCGGAGCGGCUGCGUCCGCCGGUGCCUGCCUUCUUGGCCAAGCUCCUUGUUCUUCAGUACGCGCUGCUUAACAGCAGCAACAGUGCUGAUGCGACCCGCUCUUCUGACGGCCCGGGCCCGGCGGCCGCCGUGACGCUCGCGGCGGUGAUGUGCAUGUCCGAGGAGGGGGCGGUGGAGUGCGUGGAGGCGGUGCUGUUGCAGGAGAGCGCAGUCGGUGGAACACCUUCGGCGUCUUCCGCUGUUGCGGGAGCGGAGGGCAAGGGGCAGAGGACUGAGGUGGAGCAUGCGAUGGCGGCGCGUUAUCAUCAACUACUCGCCGGAGCCUCUGCGGAGGCGGCGCCACGCCUACAAGAAAUGUGGACGGUGGCAGAAGGGAAGUAG